CAAAGAUCGAAUCAUCGAAUUUCGAGCACUUUUCCAUAUGGUGACGGAGAUGAAAUUAUAUUUGCAAUACACUGGAGAAGUCUUGCGAUAUCUGGAUCACCCAGCUUUUAUCUCGGAAUAUCACGAUCACAAUCACGAUAUAUCAUCAUCAAAGACCAAGCACGCACAAGCCAUCAAACCUCCCACAUAACCACCCAAAGUCUCGCUCAAGAUGUCACACCUUUCCUCCUCAAUCGAGUCAGCAACAGCCUUUCGUCGCGCCCACGUCCAAGCAACAAGACGCGAAGUCGUUGAUUCUGGAAGUGGACCCAGUGCUCGACAAGCACAAAAGGCAUAUCUUGCAUUCCUCGCAAAGAGAACUAAAGAAGAUUCUGCACGACAGCCACCAGAGUAUACAGAGUCGGAGCCACUACCGACGUAUCAGGAAGCCAUGGAAGCAUCGAUGCCGGCGAUCAGGCCUUCGGAGAGACUCAGUGAUGACGACACAUAUUCAAGUCUCAGGUGGAGGAGAACAAGAUUCGCGACCCAAGAUCUGCAUGGCGGUAUACGCAGACCUCAUACAGAAAACAACACAGAGCACGUGGAGAGAAGCCAACAAGUCAAUCACACCACAGAUCUGAUAACCAGGACCGAACGCACUGAUCCUGCCACCAUACUUCCAUCUCUCUAUCCCUCUCGUAGAAGAGCAAUCACACCACCAUCGCAUCAUACCUCAUCCCCCACCCCAUCAGCUCAAGUCCUCAGCUUUACACAAAACACCACGACACCAAACCCUGCAUUAAAAUCUUCUCAGCGCAUUACACCUCCCUCUCUCGUCAGAAAACACAAAGGAAAAGGACAAAGCUACGGGAUUCAGGAAUUAACUCUUGUUCACGGAAACGCAUCGAAAAGACAUUCACCAAGCAUUGAGACUGAGAUGGGGGAGAAGAGAGAAAAAAGCCUCUUCACAAGGAUAACGAAAAAGCUCACCACGAUCUCGGAGAAAUUGGAGAAACAUGGGUUGUCGACUAGAGGAGUGGUGUAUUAGUGGAUACGAUCCCACGAUAUACCGGACAAAGAGAUGGUAUACAGGCUGAUUGUGCUUGACCGAGGCUUCCUGGAGAAGGAGUGCGACCUUUGCCAUCGACUUGCGGGGCGUGUGGGGGAAUGAUACGGCCUUAUAGACAC